AUGUCUGAUACGUGUGAUCAACUCGACACCUGCGGGCUUCCGUGCCCAGCGGAGUGGACACCAAAAGCUGAUCUGGUCGAGGUCUACGGAGUGGCCGUGAUCGUGUCUAUCGCGUUCUUCGUGUCCAUCGGCGUCGCCACCAUAUUCCUCAUCAAGGGCAAGGUGGAGAACUUCUUCGUGGGAGGUCGGAGCUUGCCCCUCUUCGUCAUUGCGCUUACUCUCGCCUCCCAGAGUAUCGACUCCAACGCCACCCUCGGCAACGCCGACCUCGCCUACAAAUUCCACUACUGGGAUGGGGCUGUCCUUCCUAUGGGACUUGGUCUCAGCCUGGUCAUCAACGGCCUGUUCAUUGCACGCCACAUCAACGAGGCCCAAUGCCUCACUCUGCCUGACUUUUACGGGAAGGCCUGGGGUCCCGCCGUGGAAGUGCUGGUAUCCCUUUUGACGUGUAUCUCUUUCAUCUGCCUCCUCGCGGGAAACCUGGUAGGCCUGUCGAUCAUCAUCCGCUUCCUGUUCGGCGGAGAGCUUGCAACGAGCGUGUUCAUCGCUGGCAUCGUCACCAUGAUCUACACGGGCGCCGGCGGCCUCCUUUCCGUCGCCUACACGGGUGCGUUUUUUCCCGCCACCCUUCUCAGGGUUAGCCCGAUUGUGUGA